AUGUACCUAUGUCAAAGAGCCAGGGAUUAUUUCUUUUCCAUUUUUUCCUUCGAUGGAUCUAAAUAUAAUAAUGUGAUCUCGUUUUCCCUUGAAAUUCUCUUCCGGGUCCCGGCACAUUGCAGCUAUACCGCAAAGAUCGACUUUGGCGCCCAACAGCAUUUGAGUGUGAUAUGUGAUUGGCAUCCAAUUACUCUGCCCUAUAGUUCCUGCAGCCUGGCCCUGUUCGCUGCUCUGCCCAACGUGGAUGCGCUUGAUCCCCAGCCUCCCUGGUCCGCAUCACUUCUCCCACGCCUUAAAACCUCGCUGGGACGCCUCCGAUCGGACCUUUUGCGCUGA